CAUCCGACUUUGGCUGAGGUCAUGAUCUCACUGCUCAUUCUGUGCUGACAGCUCUGGGAGCCUGCUUCAGAUUCUGUCUCCGUCUCUCUGUGCCUCCCUUGCUUGUGCUUGCUCUCGUGUGCACUCUCUCCCUCUCUCUCUCUCUAAAGUAUAAAAUAAAAUAUUUUAAAAAAAAAUUAAAACUCAGGAGAGAAGUCAGAACUAGGGGUAGAUUUGAAGUUGUCUGCAUUGGUUGUAGUUUAAACUGUGGAGGUAAAGAUUACUUGGGAAAGAACAGAAGAAAAGAGCAGACAGAAAAGGCUAGAAUCCACAGUUAAGAGGUGGAGGAAGCUAAGGAACUCCACAAGAAAAUGGAAAAGGAGCAAAGAAAUAAGAGAAGUAGGACAGGUUGUGUCACUGGUCAGAAAAGAGAAUUAAAAAAUGAAAAGACUUGGGGCACCUGGGUGGCUUGGUCGGUUAAACAUCUAACCCUUGAUUUCAGCUCAGGUCAUGAUCUCACAGUUGUGAGAUCAAGCCCCAUGUCAGGCUCUACACUGACAGCACAGAGCCUGCUUGGGAUUCUGUCUCUUUCUCCUCUCUCUCUGCCCCUUCCCCAUGCCACCCACGCCCCAUGCUCUCUCUCAAAAUAAAUAAACUUUAAAAAAAAAAUGAAAAGACUGGACUGAGAGUCCCUCAAGAAAAGCCCACUAUGUGGUGUUAGGAUUCACUGAUAAAUGAAGAUAAGUUGGUUAUGAAGCUAACGGGUAUCUGACAAGACAAUUUAAGCCAAAUGGGUGCAUGCAAUUCAAUCAAUAAAAAUAAAAUUUUGUAAGCAGAAUCAGACCUGAACAAACUGAUGGCUACCAGAGGGAAGGGGGCUCUGGGGAUGGGCUAAAUGGGUGAAGGGGAAUGGGAGAUACAGACUUCUGGUUGUGGAAUGAAUAAUCACGGGAUUAUUAACAGAAUAGUCCAUGGUAUUGUGUUAGUAUUGCAUGAUGACAGUAACUACAUUUGUGGUGAGCAUAGCAUAAGGUAGAGAGAAGUCGAGUCACUGUUGUUGACCUAAAACUGUUGUAACAUUAUGUGUCACCUGUACUCAAAUAAAUAAAUAAAACUUUUUAUCAAAUUCCAUCUUAAAAACAAAAAGGUGGUUUAAUGUUGUUAUGUGCUGAAGGGAAGUAAGUUUACAAGGUCCAUUAGCUACACCCAUUAGAGUGUGAUGGCAUGGCAAAUAGUAAGCCCAGAGCUGAGAAACACAAAUUCUGGGGUUCUAAGUCCAAACGUUAUCCGUUAUUUUAACUGCACGACCAUUCAGUCAUCUAACAGGGUGAAGAGAUUUAUAAACAGAUUAAUCACAAUCAGAUUGGUAAUUGCUAUACUGAAUAUGACCGGAAAUGAUCGGGCAAGGGAUUUAAGCCUUUUGCGGCUUAGUUUCUUCACCUAUAAAAUAAUAAAAAAUUGCUUGAAACCUCAUACUUGAUGUAGCAUUCCCCCCACAGUUCUGAAUUGUGAGUGCCUCUAAAAUAUUUUUCCUUAAAAAGUAUUUUAAAUUCAUGUGUACGGAUAUAUACAUAUCUAUGUAUUUUUAACACACAUUCCAGAAAUUGAUAAUAUAGUACACUGUGUAUAAAAAUGUACCCCUACACUAAGGCUGUCAUACCCUGUUCGAUAAUGAGGUGUAAUACGACAGAUCAUACUACAUGCUCUUGGCCAGCGAGUAUUGUGCACUUUUCUCCCAAGAGGGCUCUGCCCUUUGGAGAGUUGACUAUAUUUUAAAACCUAUAUUGUUUGUUUCCUGGAACUGAUUUUUCUGCCAUUUGUUAAAAGGAAUAGUUGUGACCCAUAGUGAGUGACAAAAGGAUGCACGUAAAGGCUAGCAUGCUGGUAAUUAAAAUGUAAAUUUUACAGAGGCCAGUGGCCUGAUGGGCCUCCAACCAAAUGGUUGAGGAAAAUGAAGGUAAAGAUGAUUAGGCAUUUAUGAAUGAGUGACUACCAAGUUAUCUUCAUAAAGCAGAGACAGUCACAGAUUGUCAAAAGUGCCCAUUUUGUGUCCUUUGGUAUAGGGUGAUUUUGUGUUCAACAAACAUUUAUCAAGUUUGUAUUCUGUGCCCUGCACAGUGCUAGGUGCUAGUGUUACACUGGUGAAUAAGAGAAAUCCUUCUUGGAUUUUAUCAUUUAGGAGGAAAGGUAGAGUUAAAACAAGGACCAGAGACCCAUGGGAGGUCAAUUUUGCCCAAGCAGUAUGUUGAGUAAAUGUUCUGGUUCUGGAUGAAAACCAUAGCCUCUCCCUCCUUCUCUGCAUUCCCAUGUCUCAGGGUAACUGUGGUUUAAAGAAAAAAAUAUAUUGAAAUCUGCAGUUAGGUAUCUGAACCUCCAGGAGCAUGUUAAUAAGCAUGUAUGGUAUUGUGGCUGGGGAGAGAUUGAGAAUGAACUUCUGGGUCAUCACAUUUAAAUCUGUACUUGCAAUUCAGACCAUGUGCUUGAGUAUAAACCUACAUUUUAAUUACUUUGCUUUUUGUUUAUAGGUCCAGGGGCAAGUUCAUCCUACUCUUGAGUCUAGUGAUGAUGCUCUUCAGUAUGUUGAAGAAUUAAUUUUGCAGUUAUUAAAUAUGCUAUGCCAAGCUCAGCCCCGAAGUGCUUCAGAUGUAGAGGAACGUGUUCAAAAAAGUUUCCCUCAUCCAAUUGAUAAGUGGGCAAUAGCUGAUGCCCAAUCGGCUAUUGAAAAGAGGAAGCGAAGAAACCCUUUAUCUCUCCCAGUAGAAAAAAUUCAUCCUUUAUUAAAGGAGGUCCUAGGUUAUAAAAUUGACCACCAGGUUUCUGUUUACAUAGUAGCAGUAUUAGAAUACAUUUCUGCAGACAUUUUAAAGCUGGUGGGGAAUUAUGUACGAAAUAUACGGCAUUAUGAAAUUACAAAACAAGAUAUUAAAGUGGCAAUGUGUGCUGAUAAGGUAUUGAUGGAUAUGUUUCAUCAAGAUGUAGAAGAUAUAAAUAUUUUAUCUUUAACCGAUGAAGAGCCUUCCACCUCAGGAGAGCAAACUUACUAUGAUUUGGUAAAAGCAUUUAUGGCAGAAAUUCGACAGUACAUAAGGGAACUAAAUUUAAUUAUAAAAGUUUUUAGAGAGCCCUUUGUCUCCAAUUCAAAAUUAUUUUCAGCUAAUGACGUAGAAAAUAUAUUUAGUCGUAUAGUAGAUAUACAUGAACUUAGUGUAAAAUUACUGGGCCAUAUAGAAGAUACUGUGGAAAUGACUGAUGAAGGUAGUCCCCAUCCCUUAGUAGGAAGCUGCUUUGAAGACUUAGCAGAGGAACUGGCAUUUGAUCCAUAUGAAUCAUAUGCUCGAGAUAUCUUACGGCCUGGUUUUCAUGAUCGUUUCCUUAGUCAGUUAUCAAAGCCAGGAGCAGCACUCUAUUUACAGUCAAUAGGCGAAGGUUUCAAAGAAGCUGUUCAAUAUGUUUUACCCAGGCUACUUCUAGCCCCUGUUUACCACUGUCUGCAUUACUUUGAGCUUUUGAAGCAGUUAGAAGAAAAGAGUGAAGAUCAAGAAGACAAGGAAUGUUUGAAACAAGCAAUAACAGCUUUGCUUAAUGUUCAGAGUGGUAUGGAAAAAAUAUGUUCUAAAAGUCUUGCAAAACGAAGACUGAGUGAAUCUGCAUGUCGGUUUUAUAGUCAGCAAAUGAAGGGGAAACAACUAGCAAUCAAGAAAAUGAACGAGAUUCAAAAGAAUAUUGAUGGUUGGGAGGGAAAAGACAUUGGACAGUGUUGCAAUGAAUUUAUAAUGGAAGGAACUCUUACACGUGUAGGAGCCAAGCAUGAGAGACACAUAUUUCUCUUUGAUGGCUUAAUGAUUUGCUGUAAAUCAAAUCAUGGGCAGCCAAGACUUCCUGGUGCUAGCAAUGCAGAGUAUCGUCUGAAAGAAAAGUUUUUCAUGAGAAAGGUACAAAUUAAUGACAAAGAUGACACCAGUGAGUACAAGCAUGCUUUUGAAAUAAUUUUAAAAGAUGAAAAUAGUGUUAUAUUUUCUGCCAAGUCAGCUGAAGAGAAAAACAAUUGGAUGGCAGCACUGAUAUCUCUCCAGUACCGGAGCACACUGGAAAGGAUGCUUGACGUGACGAUGCUACAGGAAGAGAAGGAGGAGCAGAUGAGGCUCCCUAGUGCUGAUGUUUAUCGAUUUGCAGAGCCUGACUCCGAAGAGAAUAUAAUAUUUGAAGAGAACACACAGCCCAAGGCUGGAAUUCCAAUUAUCAAAGCAGGAACUGUUAUUAAGCUUAUUGAGAGGCUCACGUACCAUAUGUACGCAGAUCCCAAUUUUGUUCGGACAUUUCUUACAACAUACAGAUCCUUUUGUAAACCUCAAGAACUACUGAGUCUUAUAAUAGAAAGGUUUGAAAUUCCAGAGCCUGAGCCAACAGAAGCUGAUCGCAUAGCUAUAGAGAAUGGAGAUCAACCCUUGAGUGCAGAACUAAAAAGGUUUAGGAAAGAAUACAUACAGCCUGUACAACUGCGAGUAUUAAAUGUAUGUCGGCAUUGGGUAGAGCACCAUUUCUAUGAUUUUGAAAGAGACGCAGAUCUUUUGCAGCGAAUGGAAGAGUUUAUUGGAACAGUAAGAGGUAAAGCAAUGAAAAAAUGGGUUGAAUCCAUCACUAAAAUAAUCCAAAGGAAAAAAAUUGCAAGAGACAAUGGACCAGGUCAUAAUAUUACAUUUCAGAGUUCACCUCCCACAGUUGAGUGGCAUAUAAGCAGGCCUGGGCACAUAGAGACUUUUGACCUGCUCACCUUACACCCAAUAGAAAUUGCUCGACAACUCACUUUACUUGAAUCAGAUCUAUAUCGAGCUGUACAGCCAUCAGAAUUAGUUGGAAGCGUGUGGACAAAAGAAGACAAAGAAAUUAAUUCUCCUAAUCUCCUAAAAAUGAUCCGGCACACCACUAACCUCACUCUGUGGUUUGAGAAAUGUAUUGUAGAAACUGAAAACUUAGAAGAAAGAGUAGCUGUGGUGAGUCGAAUAAUUGAGAUUCUACAAGUCUUUCAAGAGCUGAACAAUUUCAAUGGUGUCCUUGAGGUUGUCAGUGCUAUGAACUCAUCUCCUGUUUACAGACUAGACCACACAUUUGAGCAAAUACCAAGUCGCCAAAAGAAAAUUUUAGAAGAAGCUCAUGAGUUAAGCGAAGAUCACUAUAAGAAAUAUUUGGCAAAACUCAGGUCUAUUAAUCCACCGUGUGUGCCUUUCUUUGGUAAGCAUUUCUUGAAUUUUUUUGUGUUUCUGGAUAAAACAAGAUACUUAUUUCAUUAAAUGACUGAAUAUACAUAUGUGUAAUAUAGCAGCAGAAAAUGCUUAUUUAAUAAAUACCUAGCACCUGAGUCACCUUAGAAUUUUACUCUCUUUAUUAGGACUUUUUAAGAUCACACCCAACAUAUACAUUCCAUUUUUUAUUUCCAUCUGGGGCAGCUGUUUGAUAUCAUUUAAUACUUCUUUGUGCUUUAUAUUCAUAGAAAUCUUUUUUUGUUGAAUUUUGAUAAACCAUACAUUCUACAGAAGAAGUUUGGCCUUGGUCAUUUAUAUUUAUAAUCAUGUUUCUUGUAAACAGUUUCACAUAGCUAAAAAUCAUACUGCAUGCAUUCUUGAACCCACACCUUCUAUACAUCAAAAUUUUACCUGCCAUUUUUUCUUUCCCUUCUCACCAGAGGAAGGAAGUGCCCUUUCCUUCCUUUUAAAGCUGAAACAUGUACCAUCCAAAUCUUCACCCUUCAUACAGGUUCUUCUAUCUUAUUUCAUCAUUUAUUUCCUAUAUUUCACAUCUUCAGUAUCUCUUUCACAACUGGUUUCUUUUUUUUUUCUGUUUGUAUAUAUGCUCUGAUGAUUCUUCCUCUGAAUGCUUACAAAUAUCAUGCCUAUUACACAUAUUAUGGUGUAGGUUUUUUAGUAAGUAGUAUAUUUCCUUCUAGCCAUUUUCUCAUCUAUAGCUAUAUAUUUUCCAUAUAGCUUUAAGUUAUACUGUCCUGAUAUUUUUUCAAUUAACAUCAUACAGUUAUCACAAAAGCCUGUUUUUGUUCGAGCUUUUAUAACCACUUUUGUAUUUAUUUCUCAUCUUUUUGCCAUGCACAUUGUAUAUAGUCAUAAGUAUAUGACAUGUACACAUUAUUAUUUACUUUAACUUACCAUAUCUUAAACUUAUUGUUGUGUUUUAUCAGUCUUCAUAAUAUCAUUUAAAAUGGCUACAUAAUAGUCUCUAAAGUUGGUAUGACAGUUUAUUUUAUUACUCUAUGAUUAGAUACAUAGUUUCUAGCUUUUUUGUUUUCCUAAAUGUUGUGAUCAAUAUCAUCAUAUUUAUACCUUUUAUCUAUAUUUGAGAAUACUUCCUUGAGCUAGAUAACCAAUCUAUCUAGAUACUUUAUAUCUAGCUGGGAAUUUCUUGAGCUAGAUAUUUUACCAAUCUGCUUUUUUAUUUUUAUUCUUUGAUAUACCAUAUUUUAAAAUUCUGUAAUCUGCCCAUCUUCCCCAUUAUGAUUGCUCUUGUUUCUGGCCUUAGAAAGCUCUUCCAGUCUAACAAUUUAAUAUUUCAAUCAUAUUUUCUUCUAGCUUAAUAAUGUGACUUCUAAAAAUCAUAUUUAAGUCUAUUUAAUCAAAGUCUCUUUUAGAUAUCAUAUGAAAUCUUCAAAUUU